AGUCACUCGCUGCUUCAAUUCCUUUCCACGAGGGUCUAACAGAGCGGCAACAGGCACAUCACAAGUUCGGGUUCGGCCCGUCACCAGCUCAGGCGCGAAGGCAAAGACAGAAGUCAUGGCUGCCGCUGUUUCCUCUGCCUUGCUUUCCGGCUCUGCAGCGGUCCUUGACCGCCGGGGAGCCAGCGAUGCGAGGGCUUCCUCGCUUCGCGCCGCUUCUUCGUCGGCUGCUGCUGGUCCCGCCGUUCCCCUGCUUCCGUCCGCGUCUCGUCGGACGUUCGUACCUAGCCGGUCUGGAAAGCUGAACCGUCUCGUUGCGCGCGCGUCAGUUUCGGAAACAACAUCGUCAUCGUCAUCGUCGUCGGCAGUCGGACCGUACGUCACCGACAGGAGCCAUGGCGUGCUCUCCGGCGAGUGGGACAAGUCCGUGUCGCUCCUCACCUACGAAGACCUCUCGCAGCACCUGCAGGGCGUUCUCAUCCGCGGAUUGGUGGAAGACUCCGAGGCGGCGUCCAUGGCUCCCGUCGCGCUGACCACCAAGAGGAGAUACGGCAUCGUGUCGGGCGAGUGGGACAAGUCCGUGUCGCUGCUGCACUACGAAGACCUGUCGACUUAUUUCGAGGCGGUCGUUCUCCAAGGACUCGUCGAGGACUCGGAGGCGAAUUACGUGCCGCUCGAGACGGACCGGUCUCACGGCGUGGUGUCCGGCGAGUGGGACAAGAGCAUCUCGCUGCUCAGUUACGAGGAUCUUUCCCAGCACCUUCUCGCGAACCUCCCCGCCGGUUCCGCGGCUCCUGCGGCGGCGGAGGUGGUUCCGCUGAUGGCGGACAAGAGCCAUGGCGUGAUUUCGGGCGAGUGGGACACGGGCGUGUCGCAGCGGAGUUACGAGGAUGUCCUGUUCCAUCUCGAAUCCAAGAUGUUGAAGAAUUGACGCGGGAGUUUACUAGCACGUAAUUCCCCUAAUCAGCCGACAAUUCCGCCAGCUCUUCUUGCUCCAGGUUUUUAAUCGUCCCAUAUCAGUGCCUGUAAAUGUUUUUAUAUGUCAAUAGUUCAAUCGCUUCACCUUUUUUAAAACUGAUUCAAUCAAGGACGCUUUUUCCA